AUUGCUAGUGAGAAAGGCAAAAUGGGCAAGAAAUCACCAUCUAAAGAGCCACCUUCGAAAGCUUCAGGCAAAAGUGUUUCCUGUAAAGUUUACUUACUAGACGGAGAAGGCGUAGAUAUCCCUAUUGAUAAAAAUGACAUUGGCAAAGCACUGUUUGAUAAAGUAUGCACCCAUCUGAACCUCAUUGAACAGGAUUAUUUUGGUUUGACCUACGCAGAUGACAAAGGACCUGGCCAUUCAAAGGUAUGGCUAAAUUUGGACAAGAAAGUUUCCAAACAGAUGAAACGUAAUGCCUGGGUUUUUGAAUUUGCUCUGAAGUUUUACCCACCUGACCCAUGUCAGCUGAGGGAGUAUCUUACAAGAUGGCUUGUGUCACUUCAGAUCAGAAGAGAUUUACUCAGUGGAAAGAUUCCGUGUACAUUCACCACGUAUGCCAUCCUGGGGUCUUACAGCGUUCAAGCAGACAUCCAUGACUUUGACCUGGCUACUCAUGGAAAUCAUUUUGAUUACAUUAGAGACAUGACCUUUGCACCUAACCAGACACCAGAACUGCUAGAGAAGAUUGCAGAGCUUCAUAGAUUGCACAAAGGCCAGGAACCACAUGAAGCAGACAAAAACUUCCUCGACAAUGCAAAAAAACUGGCCAUGUAUGGUGUUGAUCUCCACAAAGCAAAAGACUCUGACAACAUUGCUGUUAUGGUUGGUGUUUGCUGUAGUGGUUUGCUGAUUUUACGGGACAAACUUCGACUUAAUCGUUUCGUGUGGCCGAAAAUUCUGAAGCUGUCCUACAAACGCAAUCACUUUUACAUCAAAAUCAGACCAGGAGAGAUGGACAGAAGUGAGACUACAAUCAUGUUCAAAUUGGACACUCAUAGAUUAGCCAAACGUUUGUGGAAAACCUGUGUAGAACAUCAUGCUUUUUUCAGACUGAGAGAGGCGGAAAAGCCGGAUAAUAACCUCACCUUUCCACGCUUCGGAUCAAAGUUCCGCUACUCUGGCCGAACUCUGUAUGAGAACAGAAACGCACCACUUGUCAACAGACCACCUCAUUACUUUGAUCGCCCAUCACCAUCAAAAAGUGGAAUGAAAACCAAAGGUGGAUAUUCACACAGCAUGGACAAUG